AUGUCUUGGCCGCAGUCGACUCUUCCUAUCCGGCGGCGGAACAAAGCUGCCAAGAGCGCGAUCGUCAAAACGCCAAAGAUAACGCGUUGCGCGCACGAUCCCAAGAGGGGCAAUUCCAAUGUUGCAUCGCUCGCCUUGCUCGCAGACGGCGUGUCCAAGGGCAGAGAACGUGAUGCCCGCACGCACCAGCUUUUGCACGCCAAGCUUGUUGAGAAGCACUGCUUUUGGCUGGCAAUAACUAUGCUUGCCGCACUGCCGACAUGCCUUGGCACCCAGCAACGCCAUGGGAAUACUACUACUUAG